AUGUGGACUUUUUUGGGACUCGCAAGCUUCACGUAUUUGUACAAAAAGUCCGGAGCUGUUUGGACAUUGGCUCAGAAAGAGCUUGUGACCGCUGUCGUCUUGUUUCUGUUAGUUGGACUGUUGCUGUCUUAUUGUCGAUAUUUUCAUGGCCACAAACUUAGCAGAGUCUCUCAGCUGUUGAGCACACCUCUGAGCCUCUUGGCCCUCUUGCCUGUCAUCAACCAUCUCAUCCCUCAAAGUUCACCACGGAGGAGUCAAGAUGCUGACAACACGUGUCAAAAGAGCCCAAGAAGAAGGCAAAAAGUGGUUAAUGGGUCUUCCACACACACCUCACAAGUGGGCUCAACUGCGCUCAGGACAGACGUGGAGCCAGAUGUAGUGAUCGUGGGAGCCGGGGUCCUUGGCUCGGCGAUGGCGGCCGUGCUGGCGCGGGACGGGCGGAGGGUAACGGUGGUGGAGAGAGACCUGAAGGAGCCCGACAGGAUAGUGGGGGAGCUUCUACAACCUGGAGGCUAUCGAGCGCUCAAAGAGCUCGGCCUGGAAGGCUCAGUGGAGGGUCUGGAUGCUCAUCUAGUGAACGGUUACGUGAUCCAUGACAUGGAGAGCAGCACGGAGGUGGAGAUUCCGUACCCUCAGGCUCAGGAGAGCAUCCAGUGCGGACGCGCUUUCCAUCAUGGCCGUUUCAUCAUGGGCCUGCGCAGGGCUGCCCAGGCUGAGCCCAAUGUCACAUUCAUAGAAGGCACUGUGACCAGUCUGGAGGAGGAGGAUGGCUGUGUGACGGGGAUUAAGUACAAGGACAAAAACAGUGGAGAUGUGAAGGAGGUGCAUGCAGCCCUGACAGUGGUGGCUGACGGAUGUUUCUCCAAAUUUAGGAAGAAUCUGGUCUCGGGAAAAACUCACAUUUCUUCUCACUUUGUUGGAUGCCUAAUGAAGGACUGCCCCCAGUUUAAAGCCAACCACGCUGAAUUAGUGCUGGCCGACCCCAGUCCUGUGCUCGUCUAUCAGAUCUCCUCCAGUCACACUAGAGUGCUUGUGGACAUAAGAGGGGAGAUGCCAAGAAACCUUCCUCAACACUUGGCCGAGAAAGUAUACCCUCAGCUGCCAGAGCAUUUAAAAGACGCUUUCAUGGAGGCUCUACAGAACGACCGCGUCAGGUCCAUGCCAGCCAGCUACCUCCCUCCUUCCCCUGUCAACAAGUCAGGCGUAUUGCUCCUUGGUGACGCUUACAACAUGAGACACCCUCUCACUGGAGGAGGGAUGAGCGUCGCUCUCAAUGACGUCCGCAUCUGGAGGAGCCUGCUUUGGAACAUUCCAGACUUGAGCGAUGACAAAGCCCUGCGGCAGGCACAGAAGAAAUUCCACUGGGAGCGCAAGUCAUCACAUUCUUUCGUGGUGAAUGUGUUGGCCCAGGCUCUAUACGAGCUAUUUGCAGCCACAGACGAGUCACUACAUGAGCUAAGAAAAGCCUGCUUUCAGUACUUCAAACUUGGAGGAGAGUGCAUUGCUGGACCAAUUGGACUCCUCUCAGUUUUGUCACCCAGACCAAUGAUCCUCAUCGGACACUUCUUUGCUGUGGCCUUGUACGCUGUGUAUUUCAACUUCAAGUCAGAAUCCUGGAGCACCAAACACAGAGCUUUAUUUAAAAGUGUCACAAUCCUUUUCCGAGCCUGCACCGUCAUGUUCCCCCUCAUCUACUCUGAGCUCAAGUACCUGGUGUACUGA